CCAAACACUCCCUUCCCAGACGCAAUGUCAAUACCUCUACUGUCAACAAUCCAUGUCCCAUGUCCUCCCGUACCUCCACUGCUAGUGCCUUGGUGCACCACAAAGCUCGACAGGCCCAGCCGCAGCAGAAGCAGAGACAGCAGCAGCAGCAACAACAACAGCAGCAACAGAAGGAGCGCAAUCGAUCAAAUAGUAUGAAUAUUGAGGCAAUCAUCAUAGCAUCUGUUUACAGCACUGAUAUUUCUAAUCGAGGUCUAAGCACAUCUUUUACUAGAUUGAGCAGCAAAAGUACAACAUCAGUUAAUACUGAUGUGUUCAACACUGAUCAGAGCACUUCUUCUACUAUAGCGUGUGAUGUUCACCAUCACACAAGUGCCCAUGAGUUAGCUGGAGGUGAUGUCUUGCGCUACCAUCCCAAUGCUCGCCCUGUCCCAGGCAUUGCUUUGAUUCAAGCAAGCAAGGAUUCUGCCGACACAGAUGAGAUAGAGGGUUCAGACUCGGAUGCUGCAUGGAGUGCAGAUUCUCGAGGACGGGGGUGGAAUCGCACUCAAACUUCAAGGGUAGCUGUGAAUACUUCGUCUUCAGGGUAUUCAAGUACUCAGCCAACUUCUCAGCGUAACAACAACAAUUGGCAGCGCAGCUCUAGUUGCAAAGAACUUCAUCAUGAUGAAGACGAGUGUGUUGGGAAGAAAGACAAAGGGCCUGCUCCCCCUAAAACUCUACCUACUAAUGUACCUGGCUCAGGUUUCAUUUACGAAUCUCCCAUCAGCAAUAAAACAGAUGCUCCAGUGACGAGGUAUGACGACAGUCGACGAUUGUGCUACAGUGCAGCUGGAAGUAAGACUCCAUCAUUGGAUCGUAGCUCUGGAGACAUGGUCGCUCCUGAUCAAAAGAUUUACUCCAGUAGCUAUCCUGGAACAACAUCCAGUCUCUCUACAGAGAGUGAAGAUGCGGGUCUCUUGGAAUCUGGUCAUGGUGGAAGUAUUGUAGUUCUGUCAAGUGACCCUUGCGGUUCGCAAGAGGAGCUUGGAAUGUCUCAUGAUGACAUUUCUCAUGGUUCUUAUGAACUGCUAGAAAGAGAACAUGAUGAUGAUAGAAGUGAACAUUCUAAAAAGCAAAUGGGUGCACGAUCAUGUAGCCUUGAUUCAGGUGGUGAUGGUGAAAUAUUUGUCAUGGAUGAUGAGAUGGAAGAAGGUUAUGAAUCAGGAAAGGCUGGGUUUGGUAGUUCUGAGGGAGGCCCGUGGUGUGAGUCCUUAGCUGCACUUCAUAAGCGGAAAAGCACUGGAGAUAUUGGAUAUGAAAUGCCACGAACAAGACCUGACCUAUUGAAAGAUUUUAAAAGGAACGAGCUGAAAGAACAACAGCAAGGUGAAAGUUUUUCUGUUUCUAGAAUGGAUGGAAAGAAACUUGUUGGAAGUGUUGUGAUUGAUCGGUGGGGAGAUUAUCGAAUGAAAGUUACUGAUCCAGGAAGCCCUUUGCCUAGGCUUCCUCUUAUCCCAUUUGACUGUAGUGAUCUUCCCACUGGCUUUGAAAUGCCAUGCACAGGUGAAGAGAGUGAUCGCAAAUUUAAGCAAAUUAAAGAGUCUCUGAAACCUGCAGAAAAGCAAGAUGAUGAUUUAGCUCUUAUUAAAAAAUAUGAAUCGGAUAGGAAAGCAAAGGAUAGGACCAGUAUUGACAUGGGUGAAAGCAAAAAUCUAGUCUUUGAUGCCAAAGGGAGGAGGUCUCCAAGAAAAGAAUCUGAUAAUGAAUUCCAAGACUCUGGAAGAACUCAAAUAGGACGUACUCGAUCUGAUCCCCACCCAGGUAAAGGUCAGAAUUUAGGGAGGCUGCGACGUCACAUGCUUAUGCAUCAAAAGUCUAUUGAUCUACCUGGUGAAGCGGAAGCCAAAGUGGAAACUAAAGCAGAAAUUACUAAAGCUUCUUCUGUGGCAAGCACUCUGUCAACAGCCAAUGACAAUGGAAAACCCAAAUCAGAUAUCCCUUAUACUCUCCAUAAAAGACAUGUUAUGAAUGGUACAGCAGCAGAAUCUGAAAGCAAUAAGGCAAAGGAGAAAGAUGUCAAGGUUGUACCCGCCACUUCUACUGGCUCUGUAAAAACGGGCUCCACAAAGGUAAAGCCUGCUCCACCACCUAGGGGGCCUGUUACGAAGGUUUCCACCAAAACUCCUCAAGCUGCACUCUCGAAGAAAUUAUCUGCAGAAACUGAGGAAGAAGAUCAAACUGUCCCUGGAAGUGUGGUAAGAUGGGGUAGUGCUCAGAAAAAAUCUCCCCCUUUAAAGAGGCCAACAAAUAUCUCAUCUCCUCCUAAACAGGCAGAAAGUAAGUUCUCUGGUGUUCAGUCACCUCCUAGUUCAAAAACCCAGCGCGCCCCUGAGAAACAAUCUCCUCCUGAAAGGCGAAUAGCUUCUGGGAAGCAUUCCCCUCCUCAAAAACAAUCAUCAUUAGACCGACAUUCUCCUCCUGGAAAAAUAUCUCCGCCGCAGAAACGUUCUUCAGAAAAACCUUCUCCCCCAGAAAAAUGUGUGUCUCCUCCCAAGCAGACAGCUUGUAAGGUCCCACAAAAGGGACCAUCCGCUUCCACUAAAGUGGAUUCAGGGAAAGCGGCAUCUAAAAAUGGGGGAACUAAAAGCCCUCCAAAAACUUCAAUAGUUGGGAAACCCAUUCCUCCCAAAAGCAAAGACAGUGGCAACGUUACUUCUAAAUCAGCAGCAGCUAAGGCUGCUCCAGUUGACCAGCUUUCAAACAGCGACAAAAGUGAAGGUGGAUCAUGUGAAGCAGUCACUCCCACUGGCAAUAUCCCUCAUGUUGAGGGCACAAAGAUCAGCCCUGUAAAGGGCCGCAACUCGAGAGAAGGAGCAGUACCAUCUCUGCCCAUAGUGAAAAAACGUGAACGAUCCCCUGUGCUGUUUGGUAGGCUGGGCUUAUCGGAGGGUUCGGCUUUCACCCCAGUUCGAGGAUAUUCUUCUCCCACUUCGACUCGACGCACCAAAUCAUUGGAUGCCCCUGUGGUUUCAGUUCACUGCUUGCCCCCUGCUGAUUCAUUUUCUAGCACAGAUGACACAGUCGACAAUAAUGGAGAAUCGAAAGGGGUAGCAACCAAGUCUAGUCUCGUUAAAAAAAUUGCUGAAAUUACUCAUGAUCCCAAUGUUAUUUUGGAGGUCCCUGAUGAAGAGAAGUCCUUAUCUCCAGCCUGUGAUGCAUCAGCAGAGACACCUUUUUGUUUAACUGAUACUAAUCAAGUUCCAAUGUUGCUUACAGCAGAGCCUUCUGAUCUCAGUCCUCUUCGUCCUGAUUCACCACACCCCUUUGCCGAAAGCUAUCCAGAGGAGGAUGACAAAUGUGAAGGGAGUCCUAACCAGGACAUUGAGCAUUUGGAAAUUCCUGAGUCCCUCCCAGAUAUCAGCCCUCAAGAAGAAAUGGCGCCUAUUGAUUUACUGCCUGUAGACCCUGAUAAAGGAGACCUACCAUCUACUGAGGAUGAUGACUGGGCAUCUGUUGAAGAAAAUCUAGCUGAUUUGAAUGAGGACCCUUCUGAUUCUGUUCCAAGUAAACAGUCGCCCACUGGUGACCAGGGUAACCGCUGUAUGGAGCAAGGAAGUGAAACACUGCUUGCAAACCGUAGGCAAUCUAUUCAAGUUCAGCCCAUUCCUCAGGAGUCUCUAGAAGAUCCUCUUGAGUAUGCUCGACGAAAAAUGUCUAUUGAAGGAAAACCCAUUCCUCAAGACAGUUUGGAUGAUGUAGUAGAUACCCAUACUAUGAGAAAUAUUUUGAGUGGUAGACCAGAUUUGGAGCAUUUGAAAAGGAAAAUGUCCAUUGAGGGUAAACCCAUUCCUGUUGAUCCAGAAUUUGAAGUGACAACUGCUCGCCCAAAGCUGCUUUCUACUCAUAUGGAGACAUUGGAUCUUCCUUCGCCUGAAUUUCCAUCUCCUGAUUUACUUUCUCCUGAUCUACCCCUCGUUGACUGCCAACCUUUUGAUGCACCCAUUUUAGCUGAUGAUAGUAUCUCUGAAUCCAAGGGAGAUGUUCCAUUAGAUUACGAAUCUCCAGACUAUGCAACACCGUAUGUUCAGUCACCAGAUUAUGCAUCACCUUAUGUUCAGUCUCCUGAGCGCCAGAUACCAAAGACUAAAUCACCUGAAUCUAGUCAAAAACCAAAUGAAGUGGAUUCUACUUCUCCAGUCCUUAUAGGCACAGGGAAAGAAGAUGUUUGUAUGAAAGCAGCAAUCCCUGAUAAUAGAGAUGAUGACUUUAGUGAUGAUAAUGUUUUUGAAGACGAAGCUUCUUUUAAUGAAGAUGAUCUUAGUAAAGAGUUUGAUCUUUCUGAAGAAUCUCUGAGUAAAACAGGUGAUACAGCCCAGCAUUUGCUAAGCCAAGAUUCUCUGUGCAAGGACAUAUCAGAUGAACCUACAUAUGUUGAUCCUAUAACAUUGAACACUGAUGACGUGGAUGAGAAAACUUUAUCAGUUUCGCUAGAAAAAGAACCAUUAAAAUCAGACUUGAAACCUCAAGAAGAAGAUGAUGACAUUCCCCCAGCCAUACCAGAAAAACCUCUGUGUCUGAGAAAACCUCUAAUACCAAAAAAGCCUGAUGUUCCUAAAAAGCCCAUUGUACUUAGAAAAUUAGAACCCCAAUAUCCUGAACUAGAGAAACCACCAGAAACUCCAGCAAAAGAUUAUAUGACUGACGAGAAGCCUUCUAUUAAACCUAAACCAGCAAUUACCAAACCAGCAAGGCUCAACAUUGUUCGGCAAAACUCUCAAGAGCAACCGGAUUCAGAAAUUGUGAUGAAGACUGGAGAAACAACUCAUGAUAAAGUCAAAAUAUUCAUUCAAGGAGCCAGUACAGAUCGUUCUCCUGAUAAACUAAAAGAUGAAGCUUCUAGAUCACGACACUCAUCUGAAGAUGCAUCCACUUCAUCUGGAGUACGUCAUGUGGGAGAGAAAUCGUCGACCUGGAGGCCAUUCCUUUUGGAAAGUAGUGGAAGCUCCAGCCUGGAAGAGGGACUGUUUCCCCCUGAUGACAGUACACAUGCUGGUGAUGAUGAUGAACCGUCAAGCACUUCCAACACUCGUGAAGAUGAAGUUACUGAUAUACCCAGUGGGUUUGGGUAUCCGUGUAUGGGUUCUAGCUUAACCAUGUCAGGAGAUAUGAUAGGUGCAUAUGGAAGUGUUUAUGCUUUAUCUCGAACUCUAUCUCGUAUCAGCGAACGCAGCACAACAUCUGAACAGGAAAGGUCUGAUCUGGAAGAUAUUGAAGAUUCCACUAAACCGUCUUCUCGUUCUGCAUCCAUAGGUGAUGAGUCCAUGAUGUCCAGUGACCAUCAGCCUAGUCUUUCAUCUGAUCCACCAUCAGGAACUGAAAUGUUGCCAGAAGAUGUCAAUUUUGAAAUAACUGCCAAGUCAAUUGGCACUCCGGAUGGUGCAGAUGCAUCCUGCACUCUUGUUCCUCCUCGACUAGUUGUGCCAGCAACUUCCCGCUCAGCUAGUGAGGGACUGAGUGACUAUGAAUUUGGUGAAUUACCAGAAAUACCCACUGAUCCUUCUCCUUUCUGCAAGGACGAUGCCACUCCCACAGCAGAGCAGAGAGACUACCUAGAUCCUCCAGGUAUAUCACGUUAUGCCUCAAUGGAAUCAGGGCUUGAUAAGAUUCCUGGCAUGUCACCUGUCACCGAAGAAGUUAUUCCAGAAGAUGAGAGUGAUCCUGAUUUGGAGUUUCAUGAGUUACCAGCACUUCCUGGUGAAGAUGGAGAAGAGCAGGAGGAGGCAUUAUCCCCUGAGGUUCUGGCAUCAGUUAUCCCACCACCUAAGUUGUCAAAAGACAGCAGUCAAAGUGACUUGCCCUCUCCGGAAGACCCAGUCAAAAUUUUUGUCGAAGGUAAUAUACCAGAAGAAUUAAGAGGGCACAUCCCACCUCCAUUGUUGCCGUCAACUUCAGAAGAAAAUAAUUGGCCCACACCUCCGUCUUCCUCUCCUCUGCCUGUGGCAUGCAAUGUACAGACUUAUGAUGCAGGUAAACCAGAGGAGGCACGCAAGGUUACAGUGACCUCUUCAUUAGAUUCAAAUGAUCCACCAGAUGAGCUUCUGAGGGAAGACCUGAGCUUUUCUGAUGAAACUGAAAAUCCCACCAUGCAAGAUGAGGAAGUAUUUGAUGAGCCAUUGACACCAUCUUCUUUAUCAUAUGAAACACUUGUGACUGUUCGCUCUAGAGACCCAACUGGACCACGUGGCUCAACUGGUGAAGACACAUCAAUGGCAAUAUCCACCUCAGAAUGGUCCAGUAGCACUAGUACUAUUCGACACUCGCAGCUUCACACUCAGUCAGGCUCAUCACAGUCAGCAAAGUCUCUUCAUUCCGCCCACUCUGCUCAUUCUGCUCAUUCAGCGCACUCAGGUCAUUCGGCCCAUUCUGCUCAUUCAGCGCAUUCAGCUAAUUCAAUUCACUCGGCUCAUUCAACUCACUCCCUCCACUCUGCUCACUCAACUCAUUCAUUGUCUCAAGCUACAUCCUUCUCUCAACUACAACAGCUGUCCCAGCUGUCCCAAUCUCAAGCUACUCUUCACUCACAAAUUCAAGCACAGUCUUUGGCUGACCUUGCGAAAGGUGAUGAUACUUCGUUGGGAGCAUCAGUGUCUGAGAGUGCUCGGGCAAGUUCAGAUGAUGUGUUCCUUACUGAUUAUGGAAGUGCAUCUUCUUCUGAGCAGCAGGACUGUGGACAAGCAGCUUAUAUAUCUUCAACAUAUUUAAAAACAACUAGAUCACAAUCAGAGCGGUCACAUCGUUCCAGCAAUUAUGAAACAUUUCAUGAAAAUCUCUAUGACGAUGAUCCAUUUAUAGCUCAAAAUAUUUUGUCUCCAACUGAGCGUCAAAUGAAACCUGUUCCCAACUAUCCAGUUAGUCACAGUCCAACUGAUGAUAUAGAUCGAUCCACACUGAGUCGUAAACGACGCUCCAAAAAGGCUUCAUCUUAUGAUACAUCUCCAAAAAGUCCAACAGCAUUUGCUGGAGAUCAAGGCUUUGAAAUGGAUUCUUACAAGAAGCAACGAAGUCGCAGUAUUACUAUGAAGUCUAAAGCCUAUUAUGGUGCAGUCGCCAGUCCAGGUUCUACUGAUGAAGAAGGUAAUACUGCCAGAAAACAAGCUACGAGGAAGAGUGUGGAAAGGCCCAAGAGCACAUCUAGAAAUAGAGCACACUCCAGAUCAAAAGAAGGACAUGGCAGUAGGUCAGAUCGGUCACGAUCAAGACACCAUGCUCGAAGCCCCCCUAGUGAUUAUUCGUCUUCCUCCUCUGAUAACGGAUCUGUUCAAAGAGCUUCUAACACUAUUCCAAGAGUUUCAAGAAGACGAAAGCAAUUUCCCUCUAGACGUCGAAGCAGAGCAGCAGCUGAAGAGGCAAGGGAUGGUAGAUUGCAUGGCAUCUCCUCAGCUGUUUCGACACCUUCUGUGUUGGGAUAUGGUGAUCCUUCAGCACACUUGAGGAGGCGAGACCGAAGUGGCAGAGAACCCCCUGGUAAAAAUGGAGGAGACAAAGCAAAUGUCACUCCUAAACAGGGAGGGCUGUCUAAACAAUCCUCUGUUUGAAUAAGGAAUCCUAACUUCUUGUUAAAUUUGUUACCAUGUGGGUAGGUGAAAAUGAUGUCUUAGUUGAGUUGACUCCACAACCAGGAUUUAAUGCUCCUACAAUUGGCUCGCAAGGCACUGCCCCUACAUACUGUGAUUUACAUGCCUUUGAUGUCAAAUACACUAUCAAGUAGUUGUUUUAUUUUAAACCUGUUUAUAAUUUUAUGUCCUGAAAGUUGAUGUGCUUAUUUGUUAAAUCCAUGAUAGCAUUUGAACACCAAACAGUAUUUGUCAUGUUAUGGACUUUGUCUUCAAAUUUUGUUAAAGACUGAAUUAUUCAUACACGUUGCACAGCAUAGCUGAUGUGUAAUGCGUGUCACAUUUCUAAAGAGUUGUAGUUUUCAUUGGUGCUAGUUCUGUUUUGGAAGAAUAACCAGGAUCAAAAUGCCUUCUUUCAAAUGUUUUCCCCCUUUUUUUCAGAUGAUUUUACUUCAUGACAUGUUGUUAAGUAUACCAUAAAUGUCUCCACUAAAUUUUGCAAUAUAUUUACCUUUCCUUUUAAUUGGAAAGGUUUUUGAUCAUUUUAACUGUUUUUUAAAUGUUGGGUAGCUUUUAAAAUUCCCACUCAGUGCAUAACUGACAGUUUGUUGUAUAUGUAGCUUAAAAGUAUGGUACCUGGAACCUGAUAUCUGAUGCCUGUUGUGCAGAGCAGAAAGGUGAUGUUAAUAUGCAGAGAUGAGACUAGUGCACAAUUUAUCAUUCCCCUUAGGUGACAGCCUUGAAGGUCAUGUAUUUUUUCAUAGUGCCCUUUUUUUCAUGAUAAAAGCUGCUUAUUUUUUGGUUGACUCAUCUCAAAGGUAGUUUUAUUGUUCCUCGCUAACUUGACGGCUCUAAACUACUACUCAAAGCUUCAAAUUUUCAUUGUUAGCUUAAAGAUUUAAUGAAGUUUCAAUAGUUAAAUCAUACACUGUGAGAAACAGAGUUUUAUAAUAGAAUUUCACUAAUAUUUCUUUGUGAUGUAAUUUACUUAAAAAUGGUUCAUAGAAAUUAUUAUUAAGAUACUUCUUCAAUAUCUCUAAAAGAUGUGAUGAAGGCUUUUAUUCUGAUGAGUUACACACUGAAAUACACAUGAAAAUUAUAUGGGGGUUAUUGUACUUAUCCUAUUGUUGAUUUUAGUAAUGCUCUUGAUUGUAGCUGACUUGCCCCUGUUUUAACAAUGUUAAGUAUGGUAACAGUCACAUUAAGCUUUGCUCAAUAGGCUAGAUUUGUUCUAAUUGCCCUCAUAGCUUGUGAAUGGAAUGAUGCUGACUUUACUGGUCAACUCAAUGAAACGAAUGCAGCAGCUAUGUCAAAUAAGUUUUUGUCGCAAAUUUUUGAAAAAAAUUGUUGUUUAAUGUCUUGUUUUUAAUUUGAAAGGUAGAUAAAACCAUUUUUGAAGGGACUCGAGAGUUAUUUCAACGGUGUUGUACCUAAUUGCUGAUGUUCCCAACUAUCUGGCUUUUUCUCUAGGCAUGAUUCUCCCUGUGAUUUUUCUGAAGGUGCUGCUUUGGAGUUAAGGUAGAACUAUAUCUGAGGCAAGUGUAUUCUACUGAAGGAAAAGUAUAGUUUGUUGUUUUUAUAUGAUGUAUGAGUUUUGUUAUGUUCUUAGCUUGUUAAUGUGUCAGAUGGUGAUAACUAACUAGUCAAAUAUUGUACAGCAGUUUGGAAUUCCUUCAAAAAAUCCUCUUUAUUAUACUGAUCUGGGCUUUUUUCUGGACCAAAAUUGCUGAAUCUUUUGUGCCAAUCAUUAUUAUUACAGUAUUAUUUUAUGAUAGAGUUAGGGUAUUUUUUAUUGAUGUUAUAGAUGGCAAAAUAAUUUGUUUAUUGUUCAGUCCCUGUUUUGCCCCCCGAUAUAGUGUUCAAGAGAAUUCUGAGAGAAUCUAGAAAUAAUUAAAACCUCUUCCAAUGGUUUAUAUGUUAGGCCUUUACUUUUACAGCUUCAUCAUAGCUGCUGGCAUGUUCAACUAUUGAAAUGCUACUUGAUCUGUAGGUGUAUCAGUAUGUGGGUAAUGUCUUGAAUUUGAUCUGAUCCCCAUUGUGAAGUAGGACCAGAAUUUUCCUCAUUUUUCACCAUUUACUCUUAAGUAGCUGCCAGUUGCCAGGUUGCAUGUCUUGAGUGCAUGUUUAACUCAGUUGAAGAGGGCAUGCUUUUCUUCUGUCUAGCACAGAGGAUCAAUGUGGAAAGCAAAGGAGCUGCAUCGGAAGAGAGUCUUGAGAUUUGAAAGCCUGGCAUGUGUCCUUUAUAAUUUUAUUCCUGGUUAGACUUUUCUUCUUCUGAGGAAUCAAGUUCACAUAAUUUAUCAAUAUUCCACUGUAGAUGUAGACCCAGUCUGAAGGACCUGUGUGAUUGUGGUCGGUGUUUGUUAGGUUAAAAUUAUCAUUACAUAGGCAGUUCUGAUAAAUGGUCAUGGUUACAUUUUACCCAGUAAGAUCUACUUGCCGUAAUAUUUUCAUUUCGUUUUCAAAUCUUUUUUUUUUUUGCAAGUAAAUUGUUAUUGCUUAUGAGGACAUUGCAUAUUCUUCUCAACUCAAAAUCUGUAAAAGAUAACAGAUAUUCUAUGCAGAUGGGUAGCUAAAAGGAAGCAUAUGAGAAACAUCAUUUACAUGAUUUUUACCCAGUUGACCAGACUCUACAAAUUAAGCCUGUAAAUAAUUUAUUUCUGACAUUUCAUCAGUCUAAUAUCUGUUUCUCAUACAGCCUUUGUUUUGUUGUAUUUUUCAGUGAUGGAAGGUACUUGCUGGUAUUAUCGUAACGGCGCUACAUACUUUAUGACCUAAGUUCCGCCUCUAUCCUCUCCCACUUCGCUUCAGCCGCAACGGGUCACAAACACAUGCACUUUACGGAGCGUAAGUGUUGUGGUCUUUGAAUGUGUAUAUGGUAAGACAAGUUGAUUUCGAUUGUUCAAGAGACAAUGUGUGCUAUAAGCAAUACCUAGUGUGUUCUGUUCAUUUUUGCUCAAGUCAGCACUGUUGGGCCACAAAUUUAUUUUGUAUGUCAGUUUUAAUGAGGCAUGAUUCACAAGCAAUUUUAUUUUUUACUAUCCAAACUAACUUGUGAAGGUAGUCAACACUGUAGUUUCUAAACUUCACCUAACCUGAGUAGCGUAUUUUUGUAAUAAGUUGUGAAUUUCCCUUAAUUUUACCAUGAUUUGACAAUCUGGUGAAAUGCAAUCUUAGUUGGGUCUAUUUUACUCAAAUUUAGAAUGUCAGCAGAGCGAGCCUAUCUACUACCAGAUCAAGUUGCAAGGAGCAUGCUUGCUCCUCAUUGAUUGGCGUUAAAGUGAUUGGUGGAUCAUGUAAAUAUUGUUAUUCUAGAUCAGUAUGGGAAACAAGUGCUUUUCAUUUUGAUUUGAUUAUUUUUCUUGGGAAAAUGCAUAUGUAGUAUGCAUAUUAAAGUAUAUUUGAGCAGAUGUAUUUUUUUAUGUAUGGCUUGCAGUUUAGUUGUUUCUUUUUUGAGUUUUGUGAGUUUUUUAUUUGAGUGAGGUUGUCUUGGUCUUUUAGCUUGUCUUACCAUAUGCAAACUUGUGGUUGUCCUAUUCUUCCUCCCCUACAAAAUUACAUUGAAUAGAAUAUUUUAUUUCUGUCAAGAAUUCUGACCAUAAUGCCCACAUAGUGCCAUAAAACCUGACCAGGUUAUCUUUUUUGUUUUGUGUUUGUUCGAUAAUUUUUUAAAAGUCUAUUUUCCUCAUUAGUUACUGACUCUGACUUCGAAGAUAAAGAGCUCAAUAAUAAGAAUAAGAAUAAUAAAUAAUGAUCUCUCUUUAAGUCAUAGUCAAUUUGCCUAAUCUCAAUCCGAUUUGAGAACAAUCUGUUCCUUUUUCUUAUCCAAGUUCGGAGCAUAUUAAGUCAUGAAUUCUGAGCAAGUUUAAUUUCCUUGCAAGAUUUGUGUUGUGAGAUGUGUUAAUGAUAAUUGAAAUUACCUGACUUGGGCUUCCUCUCAGCUACCUUUCCGUAUUGUAACCGAGCGCUAUGAACGAAAGUUGUGUUUGCUUUUGACUUGAUAGCAAGCAGCUUGAACAUGACAUAAACACAUUAUGCCAGAUUUUGUUGUUUUCAGAAAAGUGCUCUGUGAAUUGUUUUUGUUCAAUGGACCCAGUCAUCAGUGACUAUGGACUUUUACUGCAUGAUGAACCAAGUGAAUACUGUGCCAUUUGACUUAAUGCUGUAGUUUUAUCCUCAGAAGCUGCUUCUGUAAUUUUUUUCUGUGAAAACUUUUGCUGAAAACCUACACCAGCCCAAACAGUAUUAUGCAGUGCUGUUUUCAAAGCCGUUUUUAUAGCAUGGAAAUAUGGCACAACACCAUCAAGGUUUUCUUCCAUUUACGGCCUAGAUGAGUUGUGUAAGAGUCUUGUUACAAUGCUUCAAGGUUUCCCUUACUGUAAAGCUCAAUCUUCCAUUUACCUUCCACAAUGGUUUCCAUGUUGUGUAAAUGGGCUUUGCUUGGUGUUUGACUAAAGUUGUCUCAUUUGACAUAGUUUGUCAAUUAUUUCACAAUGAUUUUUUUUUUUAUCAGCCUGAGUAUUUGAGGUAUGUGAGCUUGAGCUUAUUGCAUGGUACCCGCAAUUAUUAUCCCUAUAUUCUGUUGUGGACUUUCCCAUGCUUAGUAUCCUGCACAACCAUAACAUAUGCUUUUUCUCCAAAAUUUUUAUUUCCUAGGAAAAAAUAGUUGUCUUUUUGAGUGACUGCCCUAACAGAUGUGAUGGCCUCGUUUAAAAGUAAAGGACUGCAUUAGUCGAAAUUUUUUCAAAUUUUUCUGGGCCUUUUCAGGCAACUGUUGUAAGCAGUUGUAAGCAAUGAUUGAACAGGUCUUAAUUUGAAGUUUAUCUCAUGAUCAUUAUUCUGCAAUGAGAGCUCACAUCAUUAGACAAUACGUACUUUGUCUCAAUGUCCUGAUUUUAAUUCUUGAAGGUUCCAAAUUUGUCCCCUUUGCAUUGUUACCCCUGUCAAUCCUUCCUGUUAUACAUGUAAAUAUUUGUUACCUUCCUGUUAUGGUGUUUAGGUAAAUAAUGAAACUAAUGUCUUCUACUGGUCUUUUGGCCAGCUCUCAUGAGCCUGUCAGUUGAGCAAUUCAAGAAACCUUUACAAAGUCUGUGUAUUCUAUGACCAUGGUUUGAGGAUUUGUUUGUACAGUUCUUUAUUAUUCAUGCAUAUAGAUGUUUGUGAUUUGGAAGUUUCGUAUUGGCCCAGUGUCUGGUUAAAAAUGUAUUUGUUGAUAUUUGUUAAGACAGGUGAAUGUUGAUUCUAUACUAGGUCUUAAAGUAGGCCUUUCUGGUGGACCUUUUUGAUCCUGUGUCUAGAUAUUACUGAAUUGUGUAUGAUGAUUCAAAGCGAGCCUAAUGAAUGCACCAAAUGUCUUGUGGGACAUCCCAAAUGAUUUAUUUAUAACUUUAAGAUCUUUUCCAUUUUUACUGGCUGUGUAAUCAGCUAAAAACUCAAGUGAAAUACAAUUCACUGCUAUUUAAUAAGUUUUGUAUGUUAUCUAUUCACAAAUUCAUGUGUCAUUGAUGUAAAAGUUAGACUGUAUGUUGGCAAAAUAAAUUAAUUUUUACAAAUGAAA